GCUCACGGGUUGGUACUUUCGAUUUCCAGCGAUUGGCGAGCCUUUUGCUUCGCCGGCCACCACGCUGCACCAGGAAGCGGACACGAUAGUUAACCAUGGAGUGAAAUAGUACGCGGACGGUACGUCGAGAGUUACCGUGCUCCCGUCCUGUCAGUUCUGUGCGCGGUGUGUACGUUCGGAUGCGUGUGUCGGAACAGGUGCCUUUCUCGAUUCUUUCAUCGUCUCGUAUCGAUCCGUCGCGUCGUUACGAUCCCCGGCGACGACCGUUCAACGACCGUUCAACGACCACGGGCGUUCCGUGUCUCGCGAGGCACGAGGAACGAGAUAAACGUGCCUACUGUCAACCUCGUGCGCGCGCGAUAACCGUAUAUGUCGCGUCUCGCGUGCAUCGAUUUUUCGACAAUCGGUCAUCGGCCGGCCGUAUCCGCGAUCGCGGGAUGAAUUGUCGUGCGAUCGCGAUGGAAUCCGUGGGUCGCGUCUAAUCGUGUGAUAUAUACCCAUCGACGGAAUCUGCGAACGAACCGAGAGGGGAGAACCGCUCGUGGAGAAUCGGCCCCGCGUUUGCGAACGCGCCCAUCGCGCGUCCAACAUGGCUACCGCCAGCAACGCGACGACCAGCGCCGGCGAAACGGGCGGCAACAAUGCCGUGCCCCAGUGGAAAAGGGACUUGAUUCAACGGCGUAGACAGCAGAGCAAGGUUCUCGCGAGCAACGGGGCGAGCGUGAAACUAUGCACGGCGAUGAUCGGAUCGUCCGCGACCACGGAAUCCAUCGACACGUAUUGCGUUCAAGAUCAAUGCGCCGCCGGGAGUCCGUUGUCCAGACCGCGAUCAACGUCCAUCGGGGAGGACAACAUCGGCGUCAACAGUGUCGCGAAUAUAUCGCUCGGGAACGUUAACAGCGGCGGUGGAAACGCCAUAGCCGGUGUCGUUGUGUCGUCUUCUCCGUUUUUCUCGAGAGGACCGGCCAGUGGCGCCACUGUCGCCAGCGGAACGACCGCCGCCAACAACCAACCGUCGACAGUCGCGUGCAACAUGCGUCUCGAGGCGGAUCUAUCGCUCUGCUCCGACUCGGAGGAUGUCGCGAACGGCACGCUGAGCAAAUCGUCGACAACGGACAUGGAACGUAAAUCGGAACACGGCGACGGAUCCGAGAACGAGGACUCGAAGGGAAUGGUCGACCCUCCGACCGGAUGCGACGAGCACCGCACGGGAUCCUCCACCUGUAGGACCGGCAACAACAACAACAAAGCGGAGAGGGACGUACUCGCGGAACUGUCGCGAACCAAGGCGGAAAUGUCGAGGAACCGAGCGGCCAGCGACGACGGGGAGAGCGACAGCUCGGAGGAGCUACAGUACGGGCCGGGGAUCGUGAACAAACUGAAAAGCAAGUACCUUAACCUCACUUUGAGAGAGAUGAACAAGAGCCGCGCGACGGUGCAGCGUUUCCGGCGCGCGGCCAGCCUCGAGGAUCUGUUGGAUUGCGACGACGAGCCGGGCGAGAAGAGCGCGAGAAAGUACGCGAAAAGAGCGACGACCGGUGCCAGCGCGAAAACGGACAGGUACAGGAACGCCUCGCGAGGCAACGAAUCGAUGAAACGUGCCAGAAGCGUCGAGACUCUGAUGAGGUGCAACGGCACCGAGGACCCGGGCAAUGGCCGCUUGGCGGCGAACGGUUUGAAGCAAGAGCUGGCCAACGACCAUAUAAUCCUGAUAGAUCGUACAACGGUGAAGAUCGAGAGUCGAUUGAACGAGCUGGACAGGCCAAAGCCGGUGAACAAGCCGAAGAGGAUCAAACCGUUGCUGGCGGAGACCGAGAGGCCACCGCCGGAUCUAGUCAAGACCACCAUGAGGAUCUUCGAGGGCUCCGCGAAGAAGCUGAGACCGAGGGGCGAGGUGGCCGCCAAGGUAGCCACUUUCAAGACCAUAAACGACACAUUCAAGGCCCAGGCGCAGAAGAAGAUCGUGGCGAAACCGCCGGUACAGCCGAAGCCUUUCGUAAACGGGAACUCGAGGCCGGCUCCUGGCUCGCCAAAGAAGAUCGUCCUGCCGCAGAAGCCUACCGCCGAGCUGAUCGAGACCCAGCUGGGCCAGGAGGAGUACCACAUCGACGGCGUGAUCACCGAUCCCAUCGUGCAGUCGGUCUCCUCCGUAGUCAGCAAGUUUCAGCAGAUCGAGAAGUCUCACUCGCCCUCGCCCUCGCCGGAGCCGUCCUUCAAGCUCAAGUUCUCCCCAGUGGCCAGCCCGGAACCGCCGUUGAGCAAAUUGAAAUCCUCCCUCGAGAUCAACGUCAAGUCACCGCCCGUCACGCCUGUCCUCUCCCCCAGAAUAGCCUCCCCGAGGCUCCAGAGUCCGUCGUCGCCGAUGAAGGACACCGGUUUCAGACAGUACGUGCACAGCCCUCCGUCACCGAUCAAGGACCCGCCCAGACGGAACUCGAGCCCCGUGCACCACAAGCCACCCGCGAGUCCCAGCAGGGAGCUGCUCAAACAAAUGUCCUCGCCGGAGACACCGAAGCCACCGAGGCCACAGACGGAGGAGACGCCGACGACGAUGAACAACGGCACCGAGCAUCCUAGACAACAGUUGCCCGAGAGGGUGCCCAGCCCUACGAGUCGAGACGCGCCAGAGGAGUCCAAGUCCCUGGUGGAGGACCUCGCCCCCAGCGAAGAGAGUCAACCAUCGGAGGAGGAGGUCGACGCGCCGAAAACCAUCUCGAAAACGGCGCUGGAGAACAUCGCGAGGACCGGGGUCACGAUGCAGUUCAGCUUCAGCGACAAACCGAGCUUGGAGAAGAGCUACCUGCCGGGGUACAAGCAGAACGGUCAGAAGUCAACCGACGACCAGCAGCCGGACGUUCGUAACGAGACCAACAACUCCACGGAGCCCAGAGGGAAGUCGUUUCUAGCCGGGGAGGAUUCGACGAACGUGGUUGCGGUGGACCAGGAGGCUGUAUCCAGGCUCCAGGAGAGGCUAGAGCCGGACAAGUGCGACAGGAAGAUCGAGGACCCCAAGGAGGACGUUGAACCGAAGCCGAUCGUCGAGAGCAACAAACCGAUCGGGGCUAUAUGCAGCUUGGGGUUGAUCAAGUCGUCGACCACCGCCUCCUAUCCGCAGAUCAACGAGUCCAAGACGAUAAGAUGCCAGAAAACCAGCGAGUCGCCACCUCAGAAGCAAAUAGGCAUCAUCAGACCGCUGGUGUCCACCAAGACCCAGCAUCUGCAGCAGAAUUUGAGCAAUCGGGAGUUGGAGAAGAAUCUGAUAAAUCGCGUGAAGAGCAUAGAACAGCCCACCAAGGUGGUGGUCAGCCUGAAGAGCGCCGACGAGAUCCAGCCCCCGAAGAAGACCGGCACAGGGGGCGGUGGACUGUGGGAAACGAAGCCGUGGAACCAGCAGAACAACACCAUGGUGUUCAAUUUCAGUAACCGGAAGGACGUGCCCGAUUAUAUCGAGAACGACGGACUCAUCAUUAAGAGGAAACGGGAGAAGCCCAAAGUCGGCGAUGGAGGCAUCAUAGUGCUCGGCGCCACGUUGGACGCCUCGACGACCGACGACGCGGAAUGGGAGCUCGCCGGUGGCCCACCCUCACCAUGUGACGUGUCGUUUUUCAACGACAACGUUCUCAUCAAUGGGCGCAGCAAUCUCUCGAGGACGCCACGAAAUCACAAGCAUCGAAUACAGUUUGACGACACGGCGACCCGAACCUUCGAGUAUCCCAGCGAGGGAUCGAUGAUGGAGGGCGAGAGCAGCGUGGACGACGAAACUUCCGGUUCCGACGAGCAAUCAGCUCCGAUUAGCAAUAAAACGUCCUCGAGCAGCUCGCCGACAAGCAUGCCGGCCCUUCUCGGUGGUGGCGGCUUGGCCAGUUAUACACCCAGCAAGGUGGAUUUGACGUCCGGGGGUUUCGAGCUGGGGGUAACGAGAGCCGUGUCCUCGAGUUCGACGCCGACGUCGACGUCGACGACGCCGAGCCAGCCGGAGAACGAGGUCACCGAGGUCGACUAUCUGAAACCAGCUCAGGACGCGGGGGCGUGGGGUUCCGAAACUACUGGUGAUCUCCUCUACUGACGAGGCCAAAGUCCGAGGGAGGACGCGUGACGCACGCGAGACGCACGCGAGACGCUCAAAACGCGAGGGCUCUUUUAGUAGAGCCAUGGGAAUCCCGAAGUUCCGUGAACUGAGAAAAGACUAAUUUACAAAGUAUUCCACUACACUCCCUCAUCCUCUUUUUUCGCAAACACGAAAGAACGAGCAAACGGUCCACCGAAGAGACGACCGGAACAAUAGUUUCUUCGCUCGGAAUAAUUCUUUUUUUUUUUUUAUAAAAGAACGCAUCGUCGCGAGACGCGUUCACGAUCGCGGAGGAAGAAUCAAAAGCGCGCGGAAAUAUUUGGUUCGCGAACGCGUCGAGACGGAGGCGUAGUUUUUUCGUAGGUGAUUAAACGAAACGGAUAAACAGUAUCAUUCCAAGCAUAUGCAUUUACUUUGUAUUACUACGAUAACGAAGCGAACAGACUUUCCUGAAUAACGUGUAAUUUAAUACUGCCAAGGUAUGUCAGUGCUUUUCUUCCUCUUUUUUCUUUUUUUGUGCGUGUUUUUCGUUUAUCCGAGCACUCAAAACGGAGAGCCCCGGUGAUCUGUUUCCAGGGCGGAGGGGGGGGAACAAACAGAAAGGACAUAAACGAAAGCAUAUCACCUUUUUGGCGCAUUUUUAUAACAAACAGAGAGAAGUCGACGAUGGAACUGAACGUUUUUGUAACCUUUUUGAGAUUACUUUAAUGCUAAGCCGUUAACGCAUACGCGAGUUGCCAGUCAGAGGUCAGAAAUUUAUGCAAGAUUUUUUUAGAAAAGAAUAUACAAAAGAAAACAACAAAAAAAAAGAAUCACGAUCCUGCGUACGGGAAAUAAUCGAUCGAAGAAAAAUGAAGUGAACGGAAAAACGGUCGAGUUUAGAUUUGUAAAAGUUUUUGCCAAAGUAGAACGUAAGUCUACUUAGUAUACUUAAUGUAUAUGUACAAUAAGUCAAGGUUUCAGUCCAGGGAUAAUUGUAACAAUUGUAAAUUCCAAAAAUUCAUUAUUUAUACUGAGAGUAUGUUAAAACCAUACUAAUAUUUCUUACGGAUGCUCAAGGUUCGUUCAUACUUCAGUGUAGAUAUACAUAUAUAUAUAUGUACGAUCUUGGUUCGUCGAGUUUAUUUCUCAUUUUAUUUCUUACAUUCGGACGAGGACCAAAA